AUGGACAAGUUGAUUUUGGUGGCUUUCUUGUGUUGGUGCAUUCCAGUUAUAAUCUCGGGAGCAAGCUUACCCGAAGAUGUUGAGAAGUGCCACUUCGGAGACUCAAGUUGCCUGGUCAGAAGUAUCAAUGCCUUGAUUCGUCACUAGCCCAAGGGCAUCCCAGAGAUAGGACUCCCGCCGCUGGACGCCUAUAACUUUUCCGAUUCCAUCAUUUUGGAAUCCCCCGGUCGCGGUCCCAUCUGGAUAGACUUUCAAAUACGGAACAACGUGAACAAGGGAUUCAAUAAUGCCACAAUCACCCACGUCGAGGGCUUCCUGUACGAGCCCAAUGAAAAGCAAAUUGUGCUGAAGGUCCGUUUGCCACGCCUCCUGCAUGAGGCCACCUACGACAUGAGUGGCAGGAUUUUAUUAUUCACCUACAACACCACUGGGACGUUGCAAUCCGACUUUCAGAACUUCCGGAUUACCUUGACCAUCAAGACGUUGGUGGAGUACAGGAAUGACAAGCGCUACCUAAAGGUUUACAGUCUGGUGCCCAGCCUCGACUUGGAUCGAUGGAUCAUUUGGUUGGAUGGGCUGUACAAGGAAAACACGGACAUAACCAUUUUCAUGAACAAGGUGUUCAACGAUAACUGGGUGGAGUUCUGGAAUGAGUUGCAGCCCGGCCUAGUCAAAGCCUUCACCAAAGCCUUCACUGUCCUGCUAAACAGGGUGUUCGAGAACGUAGCCUACGAUGAUAUGUUUCUUCCUUACGUAGACAUUCGGUCGCGGUCCUAGUACCACCGCCUAACUAGGUAGGAUUGAACUAAAGUUGGGGUUCAGAGAAGACAACCUGUAAAUAUGCUGCAAAUAUAUCAUUUGAUCUUUUAGUACAUCUCAAUAUUAGCAAC